CCGGAGCACGGAGAGUUUUACAGACGAUUAACAAGGGUACACCGGCAUGGAAAUGUUGGCGAGCGGAUUUAGAGGCACCGAGCGGGCUGGUGAGCAGGUCUAACCGUCCCUCGGCACUUUUUGUGUCCGCGCGGCAGAGCGAAAAAGGAGGAGACGGGCAGUUGUAUUUACGCACCGGCCACGCAGCAUGCCCGAGUUGGACUAGAGGCAUACCCCUGCUGGAGCGCAACACGCACGCGGAACGGCGCUGAGAGCCGGGAGGAAUAUUUACAAUAGAAACUCAAUUCCUUUGCGAAGAAGAAUAGCAAAGGGGAGGGAGGAGUGAAAGAUAACACUGGAAUGAAGUGGACCUCGGGAUUCCCAGCGUGCUGCGGAGUUGUGACUGAUGGAUGAAUGUGGUCAUCUGUAGGGUAGCUAUAUACAGCGACAGGUACAGACACCAUCAGGGGAGCUUUGACAAAAGGCACGGCGCAGCGCUUCAUCGGGCAGCCGCAUCGCCAAAAACUGAACGACUGGUUAGAUCUGUGUCAUCGCACAUCAGAUCGCACCGUCGAGUUGUCUCUUUAGAGUAAAAAAAAAAGAAAAGAAGGUCGUGAAGGGCUGUUUUUGUCUCAGCCACAGGUCAAUCAGGACACUCGGGGGCUGCUUCCCUUCCAGAUCCUACCAAGAAGCGAGGGGUGUCUUCUCACGUCCUGCGGACAGUUCAGUCAAGGACACCGGGGUCCGGAGCAUUUUUUAAAAGAAGUUGGACAGAGGGACAUGUAUCUGAUAUCGACCUCACAUGCUCCCGACUGAUCGUAGCUCACCUUCCCACCGGGCGAACCACAGAUAAAGGCUGCCAGGCGCACAGUCCGACGCUCUGAGUAAUCGGCUCACAGUCUGUACAUUUAUCAGAAUGGCGGGACUCGGUUGUUGGAAGUAUUACCUCUGGAUCUUUAUUUUAAUGUGCAGGUCGGCGUUACCUUCGGCGAAAUCGCUGGAGACUAUAAUUUGGAGCUCGCAGAAUCCCAAGUUUCUGGCUGGAAAAGGCCUGGUGAUCUACCCAGACAUCGGGGACAAGCUGGACAUCAUCUGUCCCAAAGCGGACCAAGGCAGAGAAUAUGAGUUCUACAAGUUGUACCUGGUGAAGAGGGAGCAGGCGGAGAGCUGCAGUACCGUCCUCGAUCCUAAUGUCCUGGUCAACUGCAACAAGCCCGAGAAGGACAUCAAGUUCACCAUCAAGUUCCAGGAGUUCAGCCCCAACUACAUGGGCCUGGAGUUCAAGAAGAACGUCAACUACUACAUCACCUCAACCUCCAACGGCACAGUCGAGGGCCUGGAGAACCGAGAGGGAGGCGUGUGCAAGAGCCGAGCCAUGAAAGUCAUCAUGAAAGUCGGGCAAGUUCCGAAUGCAGUGAACCCUGUGGCGCCGGAGGCUCCGGAAGACAAUGCCAUACCGGAGUCCAGUCCCAGUCCGCCUGACCAGGGUCGGAUUGGACCCGAGAUACCAGGAAACCCUGACCACAUGAAUCAGGACCAGGGUUCCUCGGCAAACUCGGACGGCUUCCUCGGAUCCAGAGUGGCCAUGUUCUCCGUCAUUGGGGCCGGCUGCAUCAUCUUCCUCCUGCUCAUCCUCCUCCUCGUCAUCCUGCUCAUAAAGAUGCGCAAGCGCGCCAGGAAGAACGCCCACUCGCAGCCCCGCCCCUCGGCACUGUCGCUCAGCACGCUGUCCAAUCCCAAACUGCCCGGGGGCACGGCUGGCACGGAGCCCAGUGACAUCAUCAUUCCACUGCGGACAGAGAACAACUACUGCCCUCACUAUGAGAAGGUGAGCGGCGACUAUGGCCACCCCGUCUACAUUGUCCAGGAGAUGCCCCCGCAGAGCCCUGCCAACAUCUACUACAAAGUCUGACACGCUCCACACAGCCAGCGACACAGCCAGGAGAGAGAAAGAGAGGAGCGCUUGAUUUAUGUUCUUGGGAAGAACACCUUCCUUUGCAUUCUGGGGACUUGAUGCUUCUUCAAGCCCCUGUUAUUACUACCACCUGCUGCACAAAUCUGGAGAGAUACGCACUGACCAGUAACCAGCGGGGUUGCGAGCUGACUGAUGAGAGGUUUAUUCUGUUUGU